GCAGGCGCUCGGGUCUCGGUGUGUCGCAGCUUCUACGACACAAACAAUCGUGGUCCGUUCAAACUUCGUACUAUCUGCGAACUAACUGGACUCUAAGCGAAACAACUGGACGCUUUUCAAGACCUGACUCCCUAAAGUCAUAAUGGGACGUGAAUCCAGACACUACAGGAAGAGGUCCGCGUCCCGGGGCCGCUCGGGCAGCCGCUCCAAGAGUCGCUCCCCGGACAAGCGCUCCAAGAAGGAGGAGCGGGACCGCGGCCGCAGGGAGCGCUCCCGCAGCCGGGACCGGGGCCGCCGCUCCCGCUCCCGGGACAGGAAGAGAGUCAGGCGCUCCAGGAGCAGAGACAGGAGGAGGUCCAGGAGCCGUGAGAGGAAGAGGUCGACCAGCAGGACUCGAGCCCGCAAGUCCCGAUCCAGCAGUCCAGCAAAGAGCAAGAAAAGGGAGGAAAAGUCCAAGAGCAAAGAGAAAGACAGUGUUGAUCCUGUAUCAGAAAAGAAAAAGAUUAAAGAGGAAAAAGAAGAUGAGAAGGUUGAAGAUCAAGACUUUGAUCAGAACAAACUGGAGGAGGAGAUGAGGAAGAGAAAGGAGCGGGUGGAGAAGUGGAGGGAAGAACAGAGGAAAAAAGCUAUUGAAAACAUUGGAGAGAUCAAGAAAGAACUCGAGGAGAUGAAGCAGGGCAAGAAAUGGAGCCUGGAGGACGAUGAUGAUGAUGAUGAAGAGGGUUCAGCUGUGAUGGAGGUAGAUGAUGACGAAGAUGUGGACGUGAAGGUGGAGGGGAAAGAAAAGAUCAUAACGGAGGAAAAAGAAGAAGAGGAGGGCGAGAAGGAGAUACCCGUGGAGCAGGAGCCCGAAGAGGACGAAGUGGAUCCUCUGGACGCCUACAUGGAGGAGGUCAAACAGGAGGUGAAGAAGUUCAACAUCGGCGCCAUGAAAGGAAAUGAUAAAAAAGGAGCAACUUCGGUAACCAAAGUGGUGACAGUGGUUAAAACAAAGAAAGGACCCAACGUUCACAAGAAGAAGGGUGAGCUCAUGGAGAACGACCAGGACGCCAUGGAGUACUCAUCGGAGGAGGAGGAGGUGGACUUGCAGACAGCGCUGACAGGUUUCCAGACCAAGCAGAGGAAGGUCCUUGAGCCCGUUGACCAUGGGAAGAUCCAGUAUGAGCCAUACCGCAAAAACUUCUAUGUGGAGGUCCCUGAGCUGGCCAAGAUGUCAACAGAGGAGGUGAAUGCAUUUAGGCUGGAACUGGAAGGCAUUGCAGUCAAAGGGAAGGGCUGUCCCAAACCCAUCAAGACCUGGGUGCAGUGUGGAGUGUCCAUGAAGAUCCUCAGCGCCAUGAAAAGGCACAGCUAUGACAAGCCCACUCCCAUCCAGGCUCAGGCCAUCCCUGCCGUCAUGUCGGGUCGGGACCUCAUCGGCAUUGCCAAGACCGGCAGUGGAAAAACCAUCGCCUUCCUGCUGCCCAUGUUCCGACACAUAAUGGACCAGAGGCCCCUGGAGGAGGCCGAGGGGCCCAUCUGUAUGAUCAUGACUCCGACCAGAGAGCUUGCUCUGCAGAUCACAAAGGAGUGCAAGAAGUUUUCCAAACCCCUUGGACUCAGGGUGGUGUGUGUUUAUGGAGGCACAGGAAUCAGCGAACAGAUUGCUGAGUUGAAGAGAGGAGCUGAGAUAAUAGUGUGCACACCCGGAAGAAUGAUUGACAUGCUGGGGGCCAACAGCGGUCGGGUUACCAACCUGCGCAGGUGUACAUACGUGGUGUUGGAUGAAGCUGACAGGAUGUUUGACAUGGGUUUUGAGCCACAGGUCAUGCGUAUUGUGGACAAUGUGCGUCCAGACCGUCAGACAGUGAUGUUCUCCGCCACCUUCCCCAGAGCCAUGGAGGCGCUGGCUCGCAGGAUCCUUGCCAAGCCCAUUGAGGUGCAGGUGGGAGGCCGCAGCGUCGUCUGCUCUGACGUGGAGCAACAUGUGUUGGUGAUAGAAGAGGAUAAGAAGUUCCUGAAACUGCUGGAGAUUUUGGGUCAUUACCAGGAGAAGGGAUCUGUCAUCAUCUUUGUGGACAAACAAGAGCAUGCAGAUGGACUACUUAAAGACCUGAUGAAAGCCUCAUAUCCCUGCCUUUCUUUACAUGGAGGGAUUGAUCAGUAUGACAGAGACAGCAUCAUAAAUGAUUUUAAGACUGGAGUAUGUCGCCUGAUGGUGGCCACUUCAGUGGCAGCCAGAGGCCUGGACGUCAAGCAGCUGAUCCUGGUGGUCAACUACGGUUGUCCCAACCACUAUGAGGACUACGUUCACAGGGCGGGUCGCACAGGCAGAGCUGGCAACAAGGGUUAUGCCUAUACCUUCAUCACAGAGGAUCAGGCUCGCUACUCUGGUGAUAUCCUGAAGGCAUUGGAGCUUUCAGGCUCGUCUGUUCCUCCUGAACUGGAGCAGCUUUGGGCCUCCUUCAAAGACCAACAGAAAGCGGAGGGGAAGAUCAUUAAGAGCAGCAGUGGUUUCUCUGGAAAAGGGUUCAAGUUUGAUGAGACAGAACAUGCCCUGGCUAAUGAGAGAAAGAAGCUGCAGAAAGCUGCUCUCGGAUUACAGGACUCUGAUGACGAAGAUGGAGCCUUGGAUAUUGAAGAGCAAAUCGAAAGCAUGUUCAAUUCCAAGAAGAGGGUGAAGGAUCUGUCUGCUCCUGGCUCUUCUACUGGUUCAUCUGGAGGAGUUACUUCUACAGCAAGUUCUUCUGGAGGACUGGGAGGCGUCGUCCCAACUGCUGGAAACAUCCAGAAACUGGAGAUGGCUAAAAGACUGGCUCUUAAGAUCAACGCUCAGAAGAACUUGGGGGCUGAGGCUCAGGAUGUGAUGCAGCAGGCUACAAAUGCCAUCUUGCGUGGAGGCCCCAUCCUGACGCCAUCUGUGUCGGCCAAGACCAUCGCAGAGCAGUUGGCAGAGAAGAUCAAUGCCAAACUGAACUACACACCUGUGGAGAAGCUGGAUGAGGAGCGGCAGGCAGCUGAACAGGCGGAGACUGUCAGAAGAUAUGAAGAGGAGCUGGAGAUCAAUGACUUCCCUCAGACCGCCAGGUGGAAGGUGACGUCAAAAGAGGCUUUGCAAAGGAUCGGUGAAUACUCCGAAGCCGCUAUCACCAUCAGGGGAACCUAUUUCCCACCAGGCAAAGAGCCCAAAGAGGGGGAGCGCAAGAUCUAUCUGGCUAUUGAGAGUGCAAAUGAGCUUGCUGUACAGAAAGCCAAAACAGAGAUUACACGAUUAAUCAAGGAAGAACUCAUCAGAUUACAAAAUUCAUACCAGCCGACGAGCAAGGGCCGAUACAAAGUGUUGUAGAGAAGAAGCCACGGCUCGGCGGAGGGGUUUCCGUAGUGCCACAUCCUGUCACCUGUGCAGUUUUAUCAAACUGGUCCAUGAAUGAUUUAGUCGAUGUGUUAAUAUCGUUCACUUUAAUCAUCUGUUUAGUUUGUAUUUUUUCCUCUGUGGUUCAUAUGUCUGUCCAGUAAUUUUAUACAUACAUACAAAUAUGAAAGUAUCAUCAAAGCAGCACAAGUCUUCAACAAGCCAUCUUUAAAAUGUCUUUUGCAUAUGAGACAAAUUGUCUUUGGCUAGAUUCAACUACAAGCAGCGUGGAGCCUCAGAUGGAAGAUGUUUUUACUUUUUCCUGACAAUAAAAUAAUGUGUUGCUUGGGAAAUGA